CGGGAAACUCAGGCGCCACGACUGGAGCCAGGAAAGUCGGGAAUCUCUAAUCAAGUCAGCUUUCUUCCUGUUAUCCCGUUAUGGGGGACAUGAAGACCCCGGAUUUUGAUGAUUUAUUGGCUGCAUUUGACAUUCCGGACAUCGAUGCCAAGGAAGCUAUUCAGUCCGCCCCUGAAGAAACAGAGGGCCACCACGUUGGACCUGCGGGAUUGGCAGGAAAGUCAGGUGGCAAUGGAACUGGGGUUGGUGGAAGCGGAGGCUCAUUGAUGAGACCUGGAAGUUCUCCGGACCACCAUCAUCACCCACAAGCUCAUCCCUCGCAAGGUGACCCCUCUGUUGUCAGCGUCAUUGUGAAGAACAGAGUUCGCCCAGAGAACUUUGGGGAGGCCGACGCGGAUAUCGAUAAAGACGGGGUGGGGGUUGGUGCAGAGGUGAUGGGGGGAGUCAGUGGAGGAGUCGUAAUGGGUCCUAGAAUGCCAGGUUUGGUGUCUCCUGAACCGCUUGUUCACAAUGGAUUUGAGGCUGCUGCCAGUUCCGUGGAUGUUGCGCUGAAUCAGGCCCAAGGCCAGUCGAAUGGAGAACUCUGGGCUCCCUGUUCCCCCAAAGGAGGUAACGAGAGCGGUGGAAACGGCGUCGAUUUAGGGUCAGCCUUUGGUACCAAACAAAGUGGUAAUCUCUUCAACAGACUGAAACCCCUGAUGGCUCAGGGUCCGGGGGACCCCAUGGGGAAGGUCCGAAAAAUGCUUCUGCUACAGCAGCAGCAGCUUCACCUGCAGCAGCAUGAAAUUGCGACAGAGGGAUCAGAUAAGUCCAAGGCCGCUGGCUCCUGUGAUGCUGGCGCUUCCCUCGUUCCCGGAGUGUCCGUAGGGAUUCCGUCGUCUUUCUUUCCCCCACCCAUACCUGUGCACCCCAGUUCUUCCGCUCCCAACGUGGGCCCCCAUCCCUCUCACUCCGGCAUGCCCUCUGGGAUACGUUCUCCUUCACAGUCCACCGCUCAAUUAUUUAAUGGCCCCCAAAGAAGAGGCUUCCCUCAAUUGGAACUAGACGAUGUUGAUUCCGAACCAGAUCUGGGAAGUCCGUUGGUAAUUCAAGAGAGUCCGGAUUCCCCAGCAUGCACUCCUGCGAAAUUCCCUCGCUGCCACAGGUCACCUGCUGAGGGGUUCAACACCAAUUCCUCUCAUACUAAUCCCACAACAUCUACUUAUAUCAAGACUGGAGGUAUUGGUCAAGGGCCAAGUUCACCUCCGCCAUCCACUGGUUCCCAGAGUUGGCUUUCCACACUACCCACGGCCACCAGUGUGAACUCUAAGGAGGAACAGAAGUCGACGAUGCAUGUCAUCGAUGAGCGAGACUCCCCUGAGAGCCCUGAGCCAGAAACGCCUUACUCUGGACUCCCCAAAGACACUGGAGCUGGAGCCUCCAGUAGAAGCUCAGCUGUUGCUGCAGCUUCUGUUCCGUUGUCCUCUGCCCUCCAGAAAGCUGGCGAGAAGGUGGAGAUAAAUGGCAGUAAGGAAGACGAAGUGAGGGACAAAAAGGUGAGCAUUCUAGAUGGCUCUAAUCCCGUGGAACCCGAUUCAGCUCAGGGAGAGAGAAGGAAAGAUGAGAAGAUGGAUGUGGUUGAUGGAGACAAAUCUUCAACAACCGUUGUAACUAACACAACUGUCGCCUCUAAGGUCACAACUGGGACUCCCUCCAGGCCUCUGAAAGUACGUAUCAAGACCAUAAAGACCUCAACAGGGGGAAUCACUAGGACAGUAACUAGGGUCGCCCCCAAAGGAACGGGUUCUGCAAGCGCCAAGGCUGGUGACUCCAAAGCUCCGCCUGGGGGGCGUAAAGAUGCCAGUAGGCCCAGGAAAGCCAGCAUCGCCUCCUCUGUUCGAGAGCCUGCUUCCCAGCAGCAGAACAGCAAAGGCACCAUUUUGCCCGUGUCUGUCCUUCAGGAAGCCAGCACCGCCAUGCUCGUGGCGGCGAGCAAAGUCCAGAACAAGAUGGCCGCCACAGCUUCUGAGAAGACAAAAGUCUCCACCACUGCUGUCAGCAUCACAAAGGUCGCCACUCUCCCCUCUGUGUUGCCGUCAUCCACAGCCAGCUCCUGUUCUAAAUCCAGUCCAGGAACCAGCGGGAUCAGCAUACGCACCAUGGCGCAGAAAACAGUCAAUGGUGGCACUGCUACCGCCCUGACUGGCCAGAUCUCCAAGCCCGCCUCGAUCGUUAACAGUACGGGCGCUGUAAUUUCACGUAGCCAGUCCAGCCUGGUGGAGGCCUUCAAUAAGAUCCUCAACAGCAAGAAUCUCUUGCCCAGUUAUCGGCCUGAUCUCUCCAUGCCCCUGCCUCCCGAGUGGAGCCUCCCGCUACCCACCAACGGCUAUCGCUGCCUGGAAUGCGGUGAUGCCUUCGCCUUGGAGCGCAGCCUAGCACGUCACUACGACCGACGCUCACUGCGCAUUGAGGUCACCUGCAACCACUGCGCCAAGCGGCUGGCCUUCUUCAACAAGUGCAGCCUGCUGUUGCAUGCACGGGAGCAUAAGGAGCGGGGCUUGGUCAUGCAGUGCUCCCACCUAGUCAUGCGGCCUAUCUCUGUGGAACAGAUGAUUGGCCAACAGGAUACCACACCAGUCGGCAUGCUCUCCUCCCCUCUGUCUUCUCCCUCCCUGACCCCCGUCCCGGCAGCUCUGUCCUCCAUGGCCUCCGGCUCUUCGAAGGAGGAGCCAGCUGGCCAGGCCGCACCCGCCCGCCCCCGGCGUGCUGCCGACAGCCCCCAGGUCCUGCUGCCCCUCCCCUGCAAGAAGGGCGAGGAGCUGCAGUACCACAACUUCAAGUGUCCCGAGUGCCGGGCCCAGCUGGGGAGCAAAGCCGAGCUGGUGGCCCACUUCCAGGAGGUCAAGGCUGAGUCCGACACUUCCUGCACGCUGUGCUCGCCCCCCAUGAUGCUGCCCAAUGCCUGCAGCGCUGCCGCCCACCAACGUGUCCACAAGCACCGCGCCCCCCAUGUCUGUCCUGAGUGUGGGGGCAUGGCGCGGCCCGCCAGCUUCCAGACACACCUGGACGAGGCCUGCCUGCACUUCUCCCGUCGCAUCGGUUACAGGUGUUCCAGCUGCCAGGUGGUGUUCGGCGGCCUCAACUCCAUCAAGUCGCACAUCCAGACUGCCCACUGCGAGGUCUUCCACAAAUGCCCCAGCUGCCCCAUGGCUUUCAAAUCAGGCCCCAUGGCCCAGGCUCACAUAAGCACCCAGCAUCCUACGCUCGGCUCCGCACCUGCCAAGAUGAUUUACAAGUGCGUGAUGUGUGACACGGUGUUCACCCAGAAGCCUCUGCUCUACGUCCAUUUCGAUACUCACCUGGCCAAACAGAAGGUGCACGUCUUCAAGUGUCCUGACUGCACCAAACUCUAUGCUCAGAAAGGUUCCAUGAUGGAGCACAUCAAGAUGGCCCACCGGGGGGCGUCGGUGAGGCAGGAAGUGCCGGCCUCCGCUUCCACGCCCGCACCUCGCCCCCCACCACCCUCGUCCACUCCCAAAUCCAAGUCCUCCAACAAAACGGAAAGCUCAGAUGGAGAGGACUGGCCCGGCGACCGGGAGGAGGGAGAGGAGGAGGAGCAGAACGAGGCCCCCAGCACCCCUGACGUGGGGCCCCCGGGCCCCUCCGGAGCAGCGACCGCUGAGUGGAGCUGCCGUCAGUGUCAGACGCACUACGUGGAAAGGGAAGCUUAUACCUCGCACAUGAAGAAGAAGCACGGCAAGUUCAUGAAGAAGUUCCCGUGUCGCAUGUGCGAGCGUUCCUUCUGCUCCGCCCCCAGCCUGCGGCGGCACGUGCGCGUCAACCACGAGGGCAUCAGGAGGGUCUUCUACUGUCCAUACUGCACUGAAGGCAAGCGGACCUUCAGCAGCCGGCUGAUCCUGGAGAAGCACGUACGGGUCCAGCACGGCCUGACUCCGCAGGACCAGGACGCCCGGCAGAGUCCUGCUCGCACCCGGGCCAGAGCGCAGUUGGACAGCUCCUCUGAGCAGGAGGGUGGGCUGAGCCAUGAGGGGGCUGCUUCUGGGGAGGAGGAAGGUGAGGUCGGGGCAGGUAGUGGGAGUGAGGAGCCUGGCGAGGGCGCCAGCCCAGCGAAGAGGCCCCGGGGCCCGGGACCUGCCACGGAGGAGGGCCCAUUCUACUGUGCCCCCUGUGGCUUCUCCACGGAGGACAGGCAGACGUUCCUGCAGCACAUCCCGCAGCACCGCACUGACGGCGCCACCCUGCAGUGCACGCAGUGCGGCGCAUGCUUCGCCUCCGCCGGCUCCUUCAGCCGCCACCGCUUCAUCGCGCACCGCGUGCGGGACCCGGACCCGGCCGGCCGCACCAGCUCCCCCACCAGGGGGCGCUCCGAUUCGGCCGACAUCCCAUCGGCCUCCUCGUCGCCAGACUCCCCUGGGAAUGCCCGGGUGGCAGAGGACGCCGAGGACCAGGCAGCCUGCAGGGUGUGCGGCCGGCGUUUCGACAAGCUCUCCGAUCUCAACACUCACUUCAGGACGCACGGCAUGGCCUUCAUCGCCUCUCACAAGACAGACAAGCCGGCGUAGGCCAGAGGAGGAGGAGGAGGCAGAGAAAGAAACCAGAGGAGUCCACAUGGGGUAUGAGGUACAGUGGAAAGAAACAACAGGUCACAAAUGAGGCUCAUUUAUUUAGUAUUUCUCUGCUUUGGACGGGAGGGAAAAGCCAAAGCUAAUGGGAGUCAGUGCUUUUGGCUUUUAUGUAACCAUUCAGCUUCCCCUCCGAGUCCUAAUGGAAGUAACGCGAGCUUGAGAAUGGACUUAACCGGCAUCGAAUGGCCCUGAUCUUUGACCCACUGGAAGAAGGACCUGUCCGUCGCAGUUUGCCCCUCCCCCCCCGGCAUUACCGGGCCGUCCUGAGACAAUAGUGGUUCCCGUGUUACUGUCCCGAGACACGUGGUUUUCCUCUGACUCAUUUGUGAACCUGUUUACAGUGUUCUUCUGUAACACACCUUUACUCCCCUAAGGGACAUCAUAUCAUCUCUAUUUGUAUUAUUUUAAUGAUUAAUUUAAUUUAAUUUUAAUCUGGUAUCGCCACCAGUGGCAGACCAAGCUGAUGUCAUCACUACAGAAAGAUAUUUGUGAAAAGCAUUAUGUCAUGAAUACUCUAGUGCCGUGUUUCCGAAACCAGUCUUCAGGGACCGGUAGGCAGUCCAUGUUUUUGCUACUGGGAGUUGGGAGGGAGCAAAAAUGUGAAGUACUGUAUUGGGAAACACUGUUCUAGUAAUAUAGUAAUGUUUGUCAUUGGUUGAUUAUUUUAAAAAAAGUCAUGUUGAUUUCGUUUUUAAUGAGUACGUUUGAAUUACUUAUGACAUGGGGGGUGUCUGGCUUGAGCUGAAGAUCGUGCUUGUGGUUCUCACACACCUGGCUCCUGGUGGUGAAGCCGACAUACAGUGAUGUUUUAGUGAGAUGCUCUCCUUCAUGUUACAGGAAAUGACAUCAGCUAGAGAUUCACUGUGGCUGUACAUGGUCUGUAACAUGUGCUGUGAUGAGUCACGUAAGGGUGUGGACGCAAUAACAGGAGUGACCUGCUUUUUGUCUUUUGGUACAGAUUCUUUCCUGAAUAGCACAAAGUGUGUGUUGCGGCAUGUACAUUCACACUCUCUCUCUCUCACACACACACACAUACAGGUGCGCGUGUGUUUUUCUAGGCUUAGUGAGAACUCAAUGUGAAUACGUAGAUUUGCACUCUGAAUAGGGAAUUUCUACAUUGAAUUCGUCUCUCCAUGAACUGUCAGUUCUGGGUCACAGAACCGACUGUAUGCCGAAAUCCACUGAAGCAGUGGGGUGUGUGUGUGUGUGUGUAUGUGUCAGUGUGUGUGUGUGUGUAUGUGUCAGUGUGUGUGUGUGUGUGUGUGUCAGUGUGUGUGAUUUAAAUUUAGUCAAUUAGUGAACAGUAUACGACAGGAGUGGAGAUGACUGUGAAUCACAUUUUAUAACCUUACAUGAUGUUUUACAUUGUAUAGCUGUCUGUGUCUGAGUUAUUUUAGUCUAUAGAGUUGCAAGAUGUAUAUAUUGACCUACAAGACGAAUGUGCUUCACGUCCUGGAAAACAACCUUCUCUUUUUUUUUUUUUGCUUUAGCAGAUUUCCUGGCAGGAUGCUAUAUUUUAAAGCUCUAUAGUGUAAUGAAAGUUGUUAAUACCCUGCAUUGGGACACUGACGGUGGUUUGAGGGAUGUUUAAUAACUCUGAAAGAGGAUCUUUUUAAAUAUUAUAUUCAUAUAUUCCUAGCCUUGUCACAGAAAUCAGUGCUAAUUGAUACAUUUCUAUUAUUCCUGUUUUUAAGGUGUGUGUGUGUGUGUGUGUGUGUGUGUGUGUGUGUGCGCGCGUGCGUGUGUUUGUUUUUUUUAAACCAGACGUGGCAAUUUUUUUUUGUUUUUUUUUAUAUAUAUAUAUAAACCCCUAUAUUGUGCAGAUUUGGUUCCUACCUGUUUGCUCAAUGCCAUUUGGCUGUAAUUAUUGGUUUGUGUAGACAUAGGUGUAAUUGUUUCUGAAAUAAAAGGCCAUUAUUAAAAAUAAUAAUAAAUAGUUGUGAGGUGCAUUAAUAGGGAUUAGGCCUGUAGCGGUACACAUUCGUCACUCGCCGUUUGGUUACAUCAUUUUCCGUUCGAAAUGCACAUUGAAACGAAUGAACGCUUUUCCUGACACGGGCGGAAUCUAAAUUCACAAGUAGAUGUUCAGCACUGAAAACAGGGUAAUUUUGGCUUGAGCUGCUUAUGGAUGGUGCCGGUGGUCAGUCAUAAUCGGUAGUUUGGGAACGUUUUGGUUUCCUAGUAAAUUAGAGCAACACUGGAAAAAAAGUAAAGACCGAGACAGUCCAGGCUAUAGGGGUAUUAACACCCCUAACAGAGAUUGAUUUAGAUGAAGAUCUGAUCUACACUCUAAUGUGUCUAAUUAGGGUCUUUUUUUUAUUGCAUUGUUGUGUUAAGUACACCACUUAAUUCUAAUGAAUAAUCACAUUGUAGGGUUUCAGGUUAAUGGAUUUUAAUCUUAAAGAUCUUCAGUGUCUCGUAUUCUGCUGCCUCAGGGGUUCUUCGGUUCACAUUCACAUCCGAAUGAGAUAUCGCCGCCGCGAUCGUCCCGAGGAUAUCUAGAAUCACGAAAGGAUGGGUUUUGGUCUGAUAAAGGCACGCAUCCCCGGAGGGUCAGCGUUCGUUUGCAUGUAUUACCUCUAGAAUUACCACGGUUAUCCAAGUAACGGUUGGAGCGAUCAAAGGAACCAUAACUGAUUUAAUGAGCCAUUCACAGACUCACUGUACCGGCCAUGCAUACUUAGACAUGCAUAGCUUAACCCCAUGAAGUAAAGGGUUUCCGGCAACAGCUCAACCAUGCAGUCCAGCUGUUCUCACUGUAUGCUUGACUGUAUUAAGAGAUACCGGUUUCCCUGUGGGUGGCACAGUGGUUAGCACUGCUACCUCACAGCGAGAAGGUCCUGGGUUUGCAUGCUCUCCCCGUGUUUGCUUGAGUUUUUGCCGGGGGCUCCAGUUUCCUCCCACGGUCCAAAAUAGGGUAGGCUGGUUGAUGUUUCUAAAUUGGCCCUGUGAGUGUGUGUGCACCCUGCAGUGUAUUGGUUCCAGCCUGCACCUGUCGUUCCCACAACCCCAGUGGCGAAUAAGUGGUUACGAUGCUGGGUGGAUUGUUUCCCUCUGUUCACUAAGUAAGUGUUGAUUUUCAGUCGCUGAUGUCACUUUCCUUGCCCCAAUUUCCGCUCACUGUUGCUUCCUGUCGGCCUUUUUCUCUGUAAACAUUAGGUCACUCCAUGCUUAGAAGCAUUUCACUUUCUGGCUACUUGGCGAUGAGAGAACCCUUCUUCGCUCAAAAUUUCGAUUUGAACCCUCUGUUCAAUUGUUAGAUGUGGCUUCCUAGCCAUUACAACCAUAAAAAUAAAUAUUUAUCAAAAAUUGUGGCAUCAGUUGUGAUACGAUACAACAGAAGAUUGAAAUUAGGAGCAGACAGUAGAUUAAACAACUUGCAAACUUACCUGGGACAAGGCAGACAAGUGAAUAUCAUUUAGUUUAUUAAGGUACAAUCAAGAGAAACCAAGAGCAAAUCAAGUUCUGACAUUAGUAAAUAGAAUUCCAACACAAAGUGAAUGCCAAUGCACUAAUGCAGACCUCAAAUGUCUUAUUCAAACCAAUAAUUUCUAUCUUUGUGGCUAAAUAAUGUUACUGCAAGCUAUACACUACUGAAAACCAGUCAGUCAUAUUUGUUUUGUUUCUAAUAUUUUCUUGCAAUAAAAGUUUGACAAAGCAGUAUCUA